AUGAAAGAUAUUGAAGCAAUUGAUAUAGAAAGUUAUGAAAUUAUUAAAGAAAUGGAAAUUAAUCUUGAACAAAAUCAAUCAAGUGAUAGUGGUAUUGAAAUUAAUUAUUUAUGUACUAGUAUCAUGAGUGAACUUCGAUUUAAUGUUAUUAGUUCAUCUGGACAAACUUAUGAACUCAUGCCUGGUGGUCAAGAUAUUUCUGUUAUUCCAAGAAAUUUUCCAGAAUACUGUGAACGUACGACUUUUUGA